AUGGAGGGCGGGGGAAAGAAUCACCUGCUCACAGUCAGCGAGGAUCACGCCGAUGGCGAGCAUCGCAAGCUCUCCCGCUCCAUCUCCAUCCGAGAGGCCACACAAAAGGGGAAGAAGAUGCUGAUGAGCCUCAAGGGCAUCGGGAGCUCCAAGGGUAUCGGCGCAGGCGGAGACUUCAAGUCGCAACACAAGCUGCGUAAGUUGUGGAGCAGACAAUGGGACUCAGAGCCCUCCAAAGAGACUCUCGUCAAGAUCAUCCUCAUACAGAAACUCAUACGGGCGUAUCGCGCGCGGAUGCUCAAGCGGCGAUUAUUGGUGGCCCACGAGCUGAUGGUCACCGAAGAGCACUAUGUGAAGGCCCUCUCCGUUCUAUGCCGCUUCUUCUACGAACCGCUCCUCGCCCUGAGCAAGAGCGACAACAAAGAAGCGCCGUUGAAGAGCACGGAGGACGUGGAGAGUAUAUUCUCGGUGGUGGCUAAGCUGUACAUACAUCACCAGGAAUUCAGCAAAUAUCUCCGCGAGAGGGUUCUCGACUUUGAUCUCUUCGCCAGCAAGAGCCUGGGCGACCUAUUUAUUCAACACACUGCCUUUUUUGAGCUCUACUCGGGGUACAUCAACAACUACGACAACUCGUUGGCCACCGUCCAGCGGUGUAAGAAGGAGAUACCCAAGUUUUUCCAGUUCGUAGAAGAGGCCGAGGCGCGCGAGGAAUGCGAGUACGCCGACCUGUCGUCCUUUCUCAUCCAGCCCAUCCAACGCAUUCCACGCUACGUCAUGCUCCUCAACGCGUUGAUGCGAAAAACGAGCAAAGCACACCCGUGCUACGAGCAGCUCUUCAAGGCCACGCAAAAGAUCAAGGACAUGACCGACUACUUCAACGAACAGAAAAAAGACUCUGAGAAUGCCGACUACGUGCAAAAGCUCUACUCGCAGCUGGAGUUUGAUAUGCCGCACGGUGGUGCGGAGCGGCAGCGGUCUGUCAAGAUCACGUUUUCGCUGAACGAGGAGCGCCGGUUCGUGAAGGAGGGCGACGUGAUGAUGAUCAAGGACAAGAACGUCUCCAAGCCCUUCCCCCCGUCCCGCUCCGAAGAUCGGCACCUCAUUCUCUUCAACGACGUCCUGCUCAUGUGCUUCACACCCACCAUGAAGUCGGUCAGGCCAGCGCGAGUCAGGCGGCUGAGCAGCAGCUUGAACCUCUCCAAAACGCUGCGAGCGAAGGGGUCGGUGGAGGCCAUGGGCAAUCAGAUCAUCAUCAAGGAGAUCAUCGAGCUGUGGAAGGUCCAGGUCGUCGAUCUCCCCGCCUCCUAUGGAGAGGGCGUGUUCUUGAUCCAGAGCUUCGACUGCAAGUACAGCCUGUGCGCGGGCACGGACAAGGCCAAACAGGAGUGGUUCAACGCACUCUUCACCACCAUCGAAAAACUAUUCAAGAAGGGGGCCACCAACCCACCACCAAGCUGA